UUUGAUUGCCGUUGGUUAGUCGUGUUACGUAUUCAAUAAAACUGUUGUUUUUUUGUUCGAACUCAAACAGCCAACAAGAGCUGAUAAAAUAGUUUGAAUAUCAGCGACUAUCAGUAAAACUUAGGUAUAAACAUCGUCGUGUAUUUAAAGGCGAAACUCAGUUGAAAAUUAUUUGUCUAACCGUACAGACGGAUAUAAAACGCGCAGCUUUUCUCUUGUACAUCUGACAUGGGCCAUAAUAAUAGCAAGUCAAAGGCGCGGUCUAGUGUUGCCCCAGUGGAUAAUACUAAACCAAAGAUCAACGCCGUGACAGUACCAGAUGCACCUCCAGCGGUCGUCAAUACGACGCCCGUACCCAAUUGGAUUAAUGAAUCGCAAUUUGUGGAAAUACUCACUCAAAAUGUGCCCCAGUUUUCAGAGAUUCGCAGCUUUAGUGCGAAAGCUGCGAUGGGAGCUGGUGAGAACUAUGCGACCCUCAUGCUGAGAGUAAAAAUUGAGGCAGAGCUAAUAGACAAGACGAUAAAGCCCAUUUCGUUUAUGAUGAAAGUGCCCCACGACUCUGCUCAAAUGCAGGAAAUGUUGCAAAUGGCCAAUUUCUUCGAUGUUGAGAAUGAGGUCUACAUAGAUCUGAUACCGAAAUUCGAGCAGCUCUACAAGUCGAAGGGUUUAAAUCUAACCCUUGCACCCCGCGCCUACAAAUUCAAUGACAGCCUCAAGAAGGAGCCCAAACUCAAAAAUACGGUUCUCAUGUACGAUCUGGGUCAGGAUGGUUAUAAGAACGCCAAUCGCGUGAAAGGCCUCAACGUUGCAGAAGCCGAGAUGGUCCUCCGUAAGCUGGCUCAAUACCACGCCGCAAGCGCUGUCUAUAAAAGUGUGCACGGACCUUAUACAGAAAGUAUUAUGUAUGGCAUGUUUGGAGCAGAUGUUGAAAAGGCGAUGGUCGCUUUGAACACUAUGUUCGCGUCCACGCAGAAAGUUUUCUUGGACAAUGUGAAGAACUAUAACAACGGCUAUAAAUAUCAUUCGAAACUGGAAACGUAUUUUGCCAAAAUGAGUGAGAAUUUCAUAGCUUUGGGAAUGGCAAAACCUCAUGAAUUUAAUGUCAUUAAUCAUGGAGAUUGCUGGGUCAACAAUUUUCUUUUCAAGUCUGAUGCGUCAGGAAAUCUGCAGGAUAUGCUUUUUGUAGAUUUCCAGAAUCCCCGAUAUGCUCAUCCUUGCACAGAUCUUCUAUACUUUAUCAUGACCUCAGUGGACAUAAAUUACAAACUUACCUACUUUGACUAUUUCAUAAAAUACUAUCACGAUCAGCUGGUUACACAUCUAAAGAUGCUUGACUAUAAGGAGCGUGUGCCCACGUUGGUGGAUCUGCAAAUGGAGACGUACAAAUAUGGGUGCUGGUCAGUCAUGGCUUGUUAUAUGGUGCUGCCCGUGGUGCUCCUUGAUCCCACGGAAUCGGCUACAUUUGAGAACUUCCUUGGAGACAACGAAUCGGCAGUGGACUUCAAAACUAAAAUGUACACGAACCAACGAUACCAGCAUCACAUUGAACUGAUUCUGCAAUGGCUGGAUAAUCGGGGCUUAUUGGAUUUCUACGAACCAGUGCAAGUCCCUGCUGUGCCAUCGAUUGCUCCAGCUGACCACACAAAAUCCAAUGAAGACUUAGAUUUGGAUUGGUUAAGCUGUCAAGAUUUUGCAGAGCUAAUUGGUGCUCAAGAGCCCCAAUUCGAAAAGAUUGUAGGAGGUACAUCGGCUCCAGCCACCAAGCCUGGCGACAAUUAUAGUGGCACGUUGCUCAAAGUAAAUAUCAAAGUACAGCUUAAAGACGAAAGUGCAAAGAACUACGAUUUCAUACUGAAAGUACAGAAAGAUAUUGAGAUCGAUCCUAAGGAGUUGGAAGUAUAUGGGAAGUACGUGCCAGCCUUUGAGCAACUCUAUAAGGAAGCGGGACAAUCGAUCCGCUUCAGCCCCAGGAGCUACAGAUUCAGCAAGUCAAUUGAGCAUAACUAUUUACUAAUGGAAAAUCUGCAGACAAUGGGCUUUGAAAUGGCGGAUCGCAGACAAGGCCUGGACUUGGAGCAUACCAAGGCUGUGCUGAGGAAGCUGGCUCAAUGGCAUGCUGCCUCACUUAAAUAUAAAGAAUUGAAUGGACCUUAUCCAUCCAAAUACAACGAUGGCAAGAUUUGUGAAGAUUCAAGACGACUUUUCAAAACCAUCUACGAAUCCAUUGAAAAGACUUUACUUAGAGUAAAACAAAAUUUCAAAGGUGUCGAGGAAUAUUCACACAAAUUGGAAGCAUACUGCAAAACCCAUCUGGACAGCUGCAUCGAGGAUGCUAAAGUAAAUGAAUUGGAGUUCAAUGUGCUAAAUCAUGGAGAUAUGUGGAUCAACAAUGUUAUGUUCCAGCAUGAUCAGGGUAAAGUGAAAGACGUCUAUCUGCUAGAUCACCAAGUGACCAAAUAUGGCAAUCCAGCACAAGAUCUUUACUUUUUCUUGAUGAGUUCGCCAGAGUUGGAGUUGAAAGUCGAACAAUUCGACUAUCUAAUCAGAUACUAUCAUGAUAAUUUAAUUGAAAAUGUUCAAUUACUAAAAUAUACGGGUUUCGUUCCUAGCUUGAGUGAACUGCACAUCAUUUUAUUUAAACAUCCCAUAUAUGCUGCUGGCACUGUGAUUGGUCCCUUAUCUCUAUGUCUGACGGAACCCAAUGAGGAACUAGGUAUUGAUCUAUUAAUGAAAGAUAGCCCAACAAGAGAUGCUGUUUAUGAUCAACUAUAUAACAACGCCGUCUACAAAAAACACUUUGAACUCAUGAUGCCGUGGCUAAACAGACGUGGUCUAUUGGACGUACAAGUUUAAAUAACAUGAAAUUUUAUUGCCUUUGGCUUCGAACAAGCAUAUAUAUAUUCUAAGUUUACUAAGUUUACU